AUGAAGGGCCCAUAACUUGUCUUGCUUUGGAUAUGACUAGAAUCUAUAGUGGUUCUUGGGAUAUGACUGUACGUGUUUGGGACCGUUCCCUUUUGAAGUGCCUGAAGGUGUUGAGGCACAGUGACUGGGUUUGGAGCCUCGUCCCUCAUGAUACUACAGUGGCCAGCACGUCAGGCUCUGAUGUGUAUGUUUGGGACAGUACUACUGGGAGUCAAAUUGCCAUUGUUAGUAAUGCCCAUGUUGGGAACACUUACUCUUUGGCUCGAAGCCACACCGGGAAACUCAUUUUCACUGGGGGAGAAGAUGGUGCCAUUCAUAUGUUUGAGAUCAGUAAUCAUUGUGUUGAGAAUAAUUUGCAGCAGGUUGCAACAUGGAUUCCUCACUCGAGUCCUGUAAAUUCUCUUGCAUUUGAGUUCCCAUGGCUUGUUUCAGCUUCUAGUGAUGGGAAGCUUUCACUUAUUGAUGUACAAAAGCUAUUAAAACCAAGCAGGCGUUCUUCAAAGGGAAACCUUAAAAGGGUUAAGCGUGCGGACCAGACAAACGAGGAGCCCCCUCAGAGAAUGCUACAUGGGUUUGGCAGCAAUUUAUUCUCAGUUGACAUUGGUUCUGAUCGUAUCGUGUGUGCAGGCGAAGAAGGCGUUAUCCGGAUCUGGAACUUUUCACAAGCUGUGGAGGUUGAGAAGAGGGUUCGUGCUUUAAGAGGCAUGCGAUUAGAGAAAAGGAUGAGGAGGCGUAAGCUCCAAAUAGAGGUGAACAGUAAGAGUGGCCAUGCUGAUCAAUGUUCGGUUGCAGCUAAGAAGAAUCCCAUGAAUGGUGAUAGGAAUGGUGUGUGGCACAACAAGCGUGGGGUGAGUGGCAAGCUGAAAGCAUAGAAGUGGAUCCCAACCUUCUUUGUUGCUUGGCAUUACACUAUUUCUCUGGCUAAUCGUGUAAGAAUACUAUACACUGCAUGGUUUAAGCAGGUCUUUUAGCUUCUGGAAAUUAAACUCUGUUUGGUUUUGAGUUUUCAAAAAGAAUUUUUGAAUUUUUAGUCUGUAUUUUUGUUUGCCCCUUUUAGUGAGCUUUUUUAAUAUUGUAGUAAAAAAAAUUUUACUGUUUA